AUGGUGAUUCAAUCAAGAUGGAAGGUCCCCAUCCCUAAGUGCUCCGUGCACAAAUGGCUGUUCGACUCUAUAUCCGCUUUCCCUGGCGAUGAACCACUAUUCAUCGAUGCUGAACGCCCGGACACGCACUUCCUCACGCGAUCUGCAACCUUCACCCCGCCACUUCUCAUGGGAAUUCUUAUGGCUGGAGGCAUUUUCGGUGGUGCUAAUCCCAAUUUCGUCGCUCGGGAAUUAGCAUAUCAACUGAAAGAUACCGCUGCUAUGUUUAUGGUAGCAAACGAUGCUACCAUAGAAAUUGCGUUAGAAGCUGCCGCCGAAGCAGGUCUGCCAGCGAGCCGGGUGUACAGCUUCGAUGACACGGCUUUCGAUGCCGAGCCGGGAAGAGCGCGCUUUGGGACGAAACAUUGGACAACUCUUCUAGCUCCGAAAAAUUAA